AUGCCCCGAUCACUCCUCGCCACCUAUCGUCUUGUCACACGGUCCACCCUCAGCCUCCCCCGCUUUGCUCCGGCUCUCGUAUCGCCGAGAAAUAUUUCGGCCGCUCGAGUCCAGGGCAUCAGAAGAUAUACUGCCUCGACCGAGAGUGGCGAGCAGGUCAUUUAUGACAAGCUGAAGGCUCAGUUUCCUGGCAGCAGACUCGAAGUCCAAGAUGUCUCUGGCGGUUGUGGUUCAUUUUACGCGAUCCUUAUCUCUUCCCCCGCCUUCAAGGGUCUUUCUACUGUCAAGCAACACAAGCUUGUCAACGAGUGUCUCAAAGAGGAUAUCAAGGGUAUCCAUGGUCUGCAAUUGAAGACCAUCCCCGAAUAG